GUAGUGCCUGCGCACACACCGCAGGAAAAAUGCGUCCGGUUAGUGAUAGAUAAGCAGGCUUAUUGUUUGAUCCCAGGAUCCGCCGUGCGGGUGCGGCUCGUAUUUCAUGUUCUUUCACAUAAAAAGGUUAAAUUAUGUCAAUUCAAUCAUUUGUGUUGCCCUAAGCGGUACAACUCGUUCUUGCAAAUAAUAUCUGUCAAAAAGAGAACAGUGUCUUUCGUUCGUCCGACUGGAGGAUCCACCCGCGCUUGAUCCUGCAUGGCCGCGGCUGCGGAGAGCAGCGUCGCACAAGCUUCUUGUGGGAGUGGAUUCACCGUGCGUGCGCACCGCUACGCGCACGGCACCUUGAGGAGCAGGUCGUCCAGGCUUCAUGAUAGUGCAGUACGAUCAGCCGGAGGCAAGAAUACCAUGUGAUAGGCCAAUCCCUGGAUAAUAAUUUCUCCAUCCAUCUGCAGCUGCACCGUAGAAGCAGUGAACGAAAACGAACCGCCCCGAACGGCGAGGACGACGCCCUCAGCCUCGUACUUCAACUUCUCGUUCUCGCUUCGGGCCACACCUUUUUUCAGAUCGUGGAAUACUAGUAGCUAGCGGAUCUUCCGUGACGAGUACAAGACAUGGGGCUGCGACACUUGCUUCGUGCGGCUUUGAUUUCUGAACAGCUAGUUGCUCUUCAGGGCGCGUCCGCGAACGAGAAUGUGUCAGACGUGGAGCAAAGUGGAACUGAGAACACGGGGAAUCGGGGACCGAGCAGAAACGAAAUAUGAAGUGCAAAUAUGUCUGGGACUGGAAGAAUCAAAAGUUUGCCAUGCGGGUUUUCCAUGACCGACCCAUGAUGCUACAGAUUCUGUGAGGUCGCUAUCAUGCCUAUCAUGUGCGUGAGAAGCUUCCUCUGGCCGUGGUCAAAAACCGACUUUUAGUGGUAAUUAUGCAGCACAGGUCUUCGUACGGUCCAGACUUAGCAUGACAAGUUCCAGCAGCAUUUUUCCAGACCCAGAGACAUUUGUAAUGCAUAGGAGACCGAGGAAGAGAAGUGGGAGAGAAGGCACGCCGACAACAAGCAAAAGCUUCACACACUAAACGCGACGGUUGUGAAGCUCGGAAACUGGACUAGUGCACUUUACAGCCAGGUGGUGCGAAUGACAAAGGAAGGGCUCGGUGAACAAGCGGCGAAAGACCUCAGCCAUGCGGCCGAUUUAACCAACCGGGUUGCACAGCAGCAGCUCGACGUCGAAGAGCUGAAGCAGAAAUUCAAUGAUGCCAUCCAGGAAAUAGAACAAAGCCGCCAGACGCACUUCCAGGACCUCAUCGGGAGAUACCUGGCGGAGGAGCUGCGAAACGGUGCCGCGACCUCCCUCAUCAACAAACUAAUUGACAAGCGGGUUCAGGAGCUGUUCAACGCCCAGCUGCAGAAGGCGCUGGCUCUAGUCGACGACCGGAACAACGGAGAUGGUGUUGGAAAGAAUCAACAGAUUCAAACAGGAUAGUGUGGUCUUGAGAGGAACAGUCGGUCUACUUCUGCCGCAAGUAGCGCUGGAGGCAGCUCGGCGAUGAAACUUGUUCACGAAAGAAUAUCUUGUCCCCAAGUAGGAACGCUUCGAGGACGAGCAUACCUGAAACGAGACUAAGUAAACAUCUAUGAUGUCUCCUGGAACUUUACAGUGACAAGAAAGAGCAAAGAAUCCGCCCAAAGAUAAGAGCCACUGGUCAAAACCUUGUUGAAUAAAACGUAAACACUCAGCUGUAUAUCGAACCGGCAGCACCAAAGCUUGCCCGGUGACUCGCCGCGGCCGUG